UUUCGGCCAUGUGUUUGACCAGAAGCUUUGGAAACGAUGGGAUGGAUCCAUCUUAUCUGUCAGCGGAGAGGAAUGAGAGCUCGCAAGGGGGCUGGCAUUUACUUCUCAACCGUAAAUCGGUGGGGGUGCAUUCACUGCUUUGUGUUCAUUGCGCUCUAUAUAAGGAGUUAGAUUAGAUCAUCCGAAGGCAGCACAACUCGGCGUAGCUACUACUGAGAGAGAGAGAGAGAGAGCAACAUGGCUCGAGGGGUGGGUAUGGCGAGCAGAGUGGGCCUGUCAUGGCUGGUUUUGAGUCUUUUCCUUGGCUGUGCUUUCUGCAGAGUGAUGAGGAAGGAUAAGCAGUACAAUGGUGAGGAGCUCUUUGCCUUCGGCAAAGGAGCAGGUUUUGGAGGUGGUUUCGGUAGCGGUUUUGGAGGUGGGAAAGGAUUUGGUUUUGGCAAGGGUGGAGGACUGGGAGGAGGGGUCGUUGGGGGUUUUGGUGGUGGCGGUGGCGGUGGUGGUGGUGGUUUUGGUAGUGGUGGUGGAUUUGGUGGCGGCUUUGGUGGUGGUCAUGGAGGUGGUUUCGGUGGUGGAUUUGGUGGAGGUCAUGGUGGUGGUCUUGGAGGUGGUGCAGGUGGUGGAGUAGGGGGUGGCAUUGGCGGUGGCCAUGGAGGUGGUCUGGGUGGCGGCAUUGGUGGAGGACACGGUGGUGGAGCUGGAGGAGGUGGAGGUCAUGGUGGUGGUCUUGGAGGUGGUGCAGGUGGUGGAGUAGGGGGUGGCAUUGGCGGUGGCCAUGGAGGUGGUCUAGGUGGCGGCAUUGGCGGAGGUGGAGGUCACGGUGGUGGCAUUGGUGGUGGAGCUGGAGGUGGUGUAGGUGGGGGUCAUGGAGGUGGAAUAGGUGGUGGUGCUGGUGGAGGAGUUGGCGGAGGUCAUGGCGGUGGAGUUGGUGGUGGACAUGGGGGUGGUGUAGGUGGAGGUAUUGGUGGUGGGCACGGUGGUGGUGGUGGUCAUGGUGGAGGUCAUGUAGGUGGCCGGCAUGGUGGUGGUGUGGGUGGCGGUGCUGGUGGCGGUCAUGGCGGUGGUAUAGGUGGAGGGGCUGGUGGAGGUGGUGGUGGUGGUGUAGGUGGCGGUGUUGGUGGUGGUGUAGGAGGAGGUGUUGGUGGUGGCCAUGGAGGAGGUGUAGGAGGUGGUGCUGGUGGAGGAGCUGGCGGAGGUAUUGGUGGUGGUCAUGGAGGUGGUAUAGGUGGUGGAAUCGGUGGCGGUGCUGGUGGAGGAGCUGGCGGUGGUAUUGGUGGUGGUCAUGGAGGAGGUGUAGGAGGUGGUGCUGGUGGAGGAGCUGGCGGAGGUAUUGGUGGUGGCCAUGGCGGUGGUAUAGGUGGUGGAAUCGGUGGCGGUGCUGGUGGAGGAGCUGGCGGUGGUAUUGGUGGUGGCCAUGGAGGUGGUAUAGGUGGUGGAAUUGGUGGGGGUGCAGGUGGAGGAGCUGGUGGUGGUAUUGGUGGUGGCCAUGGAGGUGGUAUAGGUGGCGGUGCAGGUGGUGGAGCUGGCGGUGGCCAUGGAGGUGGAAUUGGUGGUGGUAGUGGUGGAGGGUUCGGUGGAGGUGCUGGUGGUGGUGGAGGGUUCGGUGGAGGUGGUGCAGGAUUCGGCGGAGGUGCUGGUGGUGGCCAUCGCAUCUUUUCUGGAGGCUUCAACUAACCCUCUGUCUUUGUCUUCAUCCUUAGUAGCGGGUUCAGGCGGCAACUCUUUUCAUCCUUUCGUGUUGACACCAAACAGAUUUGCUUCUGUGCUCCGCUUCUUCAUGUUCAGUAUUAGUAGCUCGUGUUUGCAAGAGAGAGUCUCUCUCUCUCUCUCUCGCACUAUCAUCUCUCUUAGUAAACUAUUCUGAUGCAAUCCUGCGGGUGUUAGUAAACUAUUCGGUAUUAGUAAAAUGAAACACUAUUUCAUAUGCAUUGACA